AUGUCAAGAGUAUUUGAUAGAAUACCUGAAUGGAUCACUGAGAGGUCCAGCAGAAAACUAAACCAAGUAGUAUCAGAUGAAAAGACGAUGAGGAUAAAGCUGGCAUUGCACAUUUGCGAUGAGCGUCAGACAGAGCUUGUUAUCAUGGAGCUGGCAGACGACAGUUUCUUUAUACCUGCUAUAUUCAAGCCGGAUGACAUUCGCAAAAAAUUUGGUCUAUCGGAUCUGAAACUCAGUAUUGAUGCGUUGGAAGAGAGGAUCGUCAAGAUCAAGAUGUAUGCUGUAUCUGCUUACAGAAGCAACCGCAACCUGUACCCGUACCUGGUUGUCACUGAUUUUGAAUACGUCAAGGGACGCUCUCGCAUUGACAGUGAUUUACAACAUGCAUAUACGACAAAACAAGUCGAAAAUUGGAUAGAUGAUGUACAACAAAGCCUACACAAUGUGCAUGAUCCUGUUUCCAAGAUGUUUCCGUCCAGUGCGUUGAUGGCGGAAUACCGCAAUUUUAACGCAUUAGAGUGCCAUUUAGAGGCAAUUUUAUCUAGAAUGUAUAAGUUUGAGCCUAGAAAAUCAGCAAACGCUGCAAGGGAGAGAGAGCAUUCAAACAGCAUAUGCAGUCGCGCUGAACGAGGCAUUGUGGCCUCAGAUGCAAUGUACGACCAUGCAAACCAUGAACAACUGGCCACGACAUCUCCUAUGACAGAAUGGCGCUCCUCUAGUGUGAAUCACUCUCGUGCAUCACCGUCUAACUGUUUGACCCUUCAGGCAUUCAUUCUCUCCACAUUUGAUACUAUGGAGGAGAUUCCGGAUGAACUUUGCAUUGAUUCAGAGUCUGUGCUCAAGGAAGAGACCCAAGCCAGUACUCCCUCGCCGAGACCUUUUGCACACUCUCCUCAUUUCGUUGCCACAAGCCCAAGCAUAAACGCAAGUCCAGUAGCAUGCGUAGCUGCCAGCUUUUCGCCCGAGCCAAUGUCGUUUCCAUCUUAUUCGCCUUGUCCUUCCAACGUUAAUAAUCAGAUGAGUUUGUACGAUCCAAGGAUUCUUAAUAACUCCAUGCUAGCAGGCAGACCGCACGAGCUUACCAAUGUGCCAGACAACGCUGAUCCCUCCAAAAGACGUCGAUUGUAUUCGGAUUACCGACUUCAUUACUUGACAUAG